UUUCUGCAUCACAAGUUCACAACAAAUUAAAUCAUACCUAAUAACCUAGCUAACCAAAGCUUACGCCUUUGCCGCCAUUGCCAGAAUCACCAGCCCACCAAUGGCUUCCACCUCGAGCCUCCCCGCAAUGGCCCUCGUCGUGGCACUCAUGCUAGUCCUAGGCAGCGGCACAUGCCACGCGGCUCGCCGGCUUGCCGACGCCACGGCGCCCGCCGCAGCACCGGCAGCUGCCAUCCCGGCCGUGCCGAAGCCGACGGUGCCGGCAGUUCCCACCGUGCCACAGAUCCCUGCCGUGCCCACGGUGACCGUGCCGCCGAUGCCUGCGGUGCCGACCGUGCCAACGGUGCCCGCUGUGCCAGCCAUGCCGGGCGCCGCGCUUCCACCGGUUCCCGCCGUCGUCAUGCCUGCCCUACCCAAGGUGACGUUGCCGCCGAUGCCGGCGGUCUCUGGCAUCCCGAAGGUGACGCUGCCGCCGAUGCCGUCCAUGUCCAUCCCCGGCGUGCCAACAGUCCCCUUCCUCGCGCCACCUCCCAAGGCCUAAGCAAGCCAUGUAUAUCAUGGACGUGUGCAGGCGACCAGAUUGUUGUCUUCAGUUGUCAAUUGGUGUUCCUUUUUUGUGAUGGUUUCAUCCAUAUUCUCGUGUAAAGUUUGGAUAUUAAUUUUGUAAUUCUUUAUGUAUACACGUAUUUGUGUAUAUUGUAUAUGUAUGAUUUUACUUUCUGUUCUGUAUCAAGUAUGAUUUUUUUUACUUCUGA